ACUGAAAAUUUCAACGGAAUGAAACAUCAUGUUUUUAUCAACCAUCGUUCUUCCUUUCUUCUUCAAAACCCAUACCAGCUCCAUUUUCUUAGGCUUCCCCGAAAAAUGGGUCCAAAUCACAAUUCACCAAACGAUAUUAACACAAUAAUAACACAACUCAUCCAAAUUAUCAAAGAGAUUUCUUCAUUUCCUGAAUGCAAAAACACUUCCAAGAGAUUAUACUCAAAUUUGGUGCGUAGAGUUAAGCUAUUGAGCCCACUUUUUGAGGAGUUAGUUGAUAGAGAAGAUGAUGAAAUUGAGUUGCUUCCUGUUGACCAAGUCAAAUCCUUUGAAUCACUUUUAAUCGUGCUGAAAUCUGCCAAAGAUUUGCUCAAAUGGGUUCAGGAAUCCAGUAAACUUUAUCAGGCUGUGCAAAGAGACAAAAUUUCAACUGAAUUUCUUCAUAUAACAGGAAAAAUUGAAGAAGCUCUGAGUAAGAUUUCUUAUAAUAGACUUGGUUUGUCAGAAGAAGUUCAAGAACAGAUUGGACUUGUUCAUGCUCAAUUUCUACGAGCAAAAGCUAGAACAGAAUCCUCUGAUCUGCAAAUAGAGAUGGACAUAACAGAAGUGCAGGACGAAGCAGAGCCUGAUGCAGCAGUUCUCCAGAGAUUAUCGCAAAACUUGCACCUUUUGACGAUGGAUGAUCUGAGGAAAGAAUCACGUGCCUUUCAUGAAAUGGUCAUCACAAGCAGUAGUGAUCUUGGUGAUUCAUUUGAGAUGAUGUCAUCCCUAUUUAAGAAGCUUGAUGACUAUCUACUAACUGUGAGCCCAGAAGUUGACAUGUGUGAUGUUGAUAAAAACAUGAUAAAGCAUAGAUCUCCUAUUAUACCGGAUGACUUCCGCUGCCCUAUCUCACUUGAGCUAAUGAAAGAUCCUGUUAUUGUAUCUACAGGCCAGACGUAUGAGAGAUCGUGCAUUCAAAAAUGGCUUGAUGCUGGUCACAAGACAUGUCCCAAGACACAACAGACUCUGUUGCAUACAGCAUUGACACCAAAUUAUGUUUUGAAGAGCCUGAUUACUUUGUGGUGCGAGAAUAAUGGCGUGGAGUUACCAAGGACACAAGGAGCUUGUAGAAAUAGGAGAACUAGAAACUCUGCUUCCAACUGUGACAAAGCAGCUAUUGCUGCCUUGCUAAAGAAGUUAGCCCAUGGAAACAUAGAAGAGAAACGGGCUACUGCUGGGGAGCUCCGGCUGCUAGGCAAGAGAAACGCAGAUAACAGGGUAUGUAUAGCAGAGGCAGGAGCCAUACCACUACUAGUGGAACUGCUAUCUUCUCCUGAUUCUCGAACUCAGGAACAUGCUGUGACAGCACUUCUUAAUCUUUCCAUUAAUGACAUGAACAAAGGCAUUAUUGUAAAUGCUGGGGCAAUACAAGAUAUAGUAGAAGUCCUGAAGAACAGUAGCAUGGAAGCAAGAGAAAAUGCUGCUGCUACAUUAUUCAGCUUAUCAGUUGUGGAUGAGAACAAGGUAGCAAUAGGAGCAGCAGGGGCAAUACCAGCUCUAAUCGAUUUACUCAUUCAGGGUACCCCUAGGGGAAAGAAAGAUGCUGCAACUGCAAUUUUUAACCUUUCAAUUUACCAAGGCAACAAGGUGCGGGCUGUGAGGGCAGGGAUUGUAGACCCUCUAAUAAAAUUUCUGAAGGAAGUUGAUGGUGGUAUGGUUGAUGAGUCUUUAGCAAUACUAGCAAUACUUGCAAACCAUCCAGAGGGGAAAUCCACAAUUGGGCAUACUGAGCCAAUUCCUCUCUUAGUUGAGUUAAUAAGAACUGGAUCUCCCCGUAACAGAGAGAAUGCUGCUGCAAUACUUUGGUCACUUUGCAUGGGUGAUUUAUACCAUUUGCAACUAGCAAAGGAGCUGCAGGCUGAACAAGUAUUAAAAGAACUUUCAGAGAAUGGCACUGAUAGGGCCAAGAGAAAGGCUUCAAGUCUUUUAGAGUUCCUGCAACGAGCCGAAGAUGUUGCUGAGUAGAACAGUAAGCACUGAGUAGAACAGUGAGCCGAAGAUGUAGUAUCUCAGUCUUAACUCUUUCCUGGACUGUCUCUCCGUGUCCAGUCAUCAACAGCAAUGUUUUGUACUCAUUUGUAAAUAGUUUUUGCUAAAUUAAAUUUGUGCAUUAUACUUGUAUUGAUAUAUUGUGUAAUCAUAUAAGUAAAUGUAAAAUUUCAUCAAAAACGAUAUAUGUAUAUCACAUCACUAAGUGUUACUUUUAUCUGUUAUUCACCUAUAUUUUUCUGUAC